CAAGUAUAAUUAUCUUUAUAUAUAAACAAACUGAAAUCAACAUUUGAAAUCUUUUGCAUCACAUUUUUUUUCUUUCCCCAAAACCUAAGAAACAAAAGACUUGUUUAUGCUUUUAAAAUGUUUUUUCUUCCCCUUAAAGCCCCAUGAAGAUAAAAAUUCCCUGAUCUGAUUGACUUCACUGAUCCUUUUCAACCGUCUGUGGCUGCAGUGUCUCUUUAACAACUUGACUGUACAGAAUUCAUUGCACUCUAGGAGGCCUUGCUGUCAAGAGCAUAUGUAAAUUGGAGAAUAGUGCCAUCUUACGAUAACACAAAGAAUUGCCCGUCUUCUGUAGUCUUUAUAACAUUAAUACUACCGCCAUCUAGUGGAUGAACGCGGAACUUUGCAAAACACCCAAACAUACUAUGAGCUUCAUGCUUAGGCGCAAUAUAAAUUAGGAUCAUAGACAGGGAGGGUGCUUUGGAUGGGAAAACUCGGUAAAUUAAACCACACAUUUGUCUACAUAUGAGAUUCAAUACAUUAGGCAGAUAGGUGACUAUGCCGCUUCAGACAGAGAUCCUGAGAGAAGUGUGGACUGAGGAAAAACAUAUAUGCACCAGAAGCCUAAAAAGAAGAAAGCUGAGUCUAUUCCCACAGAGAGCAAUGGGACAGACACUAAAUCCAAAAAAAGCAAGAAUAAAAAAAAUGAAGACCUGUCAACAGAGAGCAGUCCUGCUGCUCAAAAAAAUGGUGAAAAUGUGAAGAAGAAAAAAACUGAAAAGGAAAAAGAAAAGGAAUCCCCACAGAAAGAAAAGGCUGAGCCAAAAAAGAAAGCCAAAAGUGCCACAAAGAAGAAGAAGAAAAGUUCAAGUGAUGAUGAAGAUAAUAGUGAUGGUGGAGAAGAAAUGGCAACACCCCAAAAGAAAACAAAAUCAAAAUCCAUUAAGGAUUGCUCUGAUGGUAAAGAAAAAGACAAGGACAAGAAAACGAAAUCUAAAGAGGAAAAAGAAGACAAAGACAGUAAGGCAAAGUCUAAGGCCAAAAAGAAGGAGCCGGCCUCUUUGUUUCAGAUAAAUGGGGACAAAUCAACCACAAAGGGUAAAAAGAAAGCUGACAGAUCAGACAGUGAAGAGCAAAGUGAGCCAGACAGCAAAACCAGCAAGAGCAAGAAAAAGAGCAGCUCAAACCCAGGGUCCAUGUUCCAGACUGGUGGAGAAAAGGAUAAAGACAAGGACAAGGACAAGGAUAAAAGGUCUAAAAAAUCUAAAAGUCUGGCAAAAGCAGAAGAGAGUGAAGACUCAGAGUCUGAGGUGACAAAGAAGAAAAAAAAGGGAAAAGGAAAAAAGGGGAAAAAGGAGGAACGAGCCCCUUCACCAGUCAUUGAGUUUGAUGACCUGGAAGAGUUUGUGCUUCAACCAGCACAGCAGGGAAUCACAGUGAAAUGUAAAGUGACCCGAGACAAAAGGGGAAUGGACCGUGGUCUUUAUCCUACUUACUACCUUCAUCUAGACAAUGAAAAGAAGCAGGUCUUUUUACUGGCGGGACGAAAGCGUAAAAAGAGCACAACUUCCAACUACUUGAUCUCAAUUGACCCCACUGACCUCUCUAGAGGGGGUGAAAACUUUGUAGGGAAAUUAAGGUCCAAUCUGAUGGGUACUAAAUUCACAGUAUUCGAUAAUGCACUUCAUCCUGACCGAGCACUUCCUGACAUGUCAAAUGCAAGGCAGGAACUAGCAGCCAUUAUUUAUGAAACUAAUGUGCUGGGAAUGAAGGGUCCAAGGCGGAUGACAGUCAUUAUCCCUGGAAUGGACAAAGAUGGAGAGCGAGUACCCAUACGGCCACGCAGUGAAAAUGACGGCCUUCUAAUUCGGCACCAAAAUAGGAAGAUGGAGAAUCUGAUAGAUCUUCGCAACAAGACACCUGUGUGGAACGAGGAGACGUCAUCUCAUGUCCUCAACUUUAAUGGCAGAGUCACACAAGCCUCUGUGAAAAACUUCCAGAUUGUUCAUAGCAAAGAUCAGGACUACAUUGUGAUGCAGUUUGGGAGAGUUGCAGAUGAUGCCUUCACCCUGGACUAUAACUAUCCUCUGUGUGCAGUGCAGGCCUUUGCUAUUGCCCUCUCUAGCUUUGAUGGCAAAAUCGCCUGUGAGUGACAGCUUCAAACAACAGAAGCACAUUCUUCACCACUCUGUUUCUGCAUGUUUCUGAGAAGACUGAAAACCAUCAAUCUAGGAACUAUAUGAUGAAUAAUGAUGAAAAUAUUGCAGUUCUCUGACCUGCUGUGCUCAAAUAUUGAAGUCUAAGAAAAUAUCAAGUGACACAUUCUGAAGGCUGUUAUCACAAGAUGGAGGUUUUGACAAGAAGGCAAAUUCUGUUAAAUUUGAAAGAUGUGAAAUAAGAUCAGAAUAAUAUGACAUAGGAACAUGUGAAGAGACACAAAGUAUUAUAUGUCUUUGGAAGCACCUAGAAACUGCAUGUUAUAGUUUUUUUUAAACAAUACCCAGGUCUAAAGUAUAACUUAGAGAGUGGAGAAAAGUCUUUUUUUUUUUGUUUUUUUGCCUUUUUGAGUAUUGAAAGUGUUAUACAAUUGCUAUCAUUUCACCUUCUUAAGUUGUCCAUUUUGAUAUUAUAUGUAAUAUAUGUUUUUGUUUUCCUUGCAUUUCUUUUUGCACAUCUUCCAAUAGAUGCCAUUAUAUCCAUCUUGUAUGACUGAGAUUACUUUUUGUGUUGAUGGCCUUUUUAAUGUUUUAUUAUAUCAUCAUUGGUUUGGCCAUAAAAUAUUAUAUUUGUUCCCAGUUUUGAGAGGGACAGAAGAUUUUACAUAGAAAAGGAAAGUAGGAUGUUUGCAAAAAAAAUAACAUUUCUGUACAAAGCUUAUUUCGUAGCUUAUUUCCCCAUCCCUCCCCCCCUUCUUUUAUUCUCAGUACUGCCCUGUUGUGGCAUACGUGUGGCAUAAUUUGAUGAAUUCCCUGUUUGGUGAAUCCAGUCUGUCAGUACCACAGCUGUGCACCUCUGGGUGAUUCAGUGGUUGGGGCGCAAGAGGGUUUAGCAAAGAAUGAACAAACGUUAUGCCUCAAAUGAUCUGUCUGUAAGAAAAGCAUUGAAUUUAGAUAGUCAAGGUCUCAGAGUGUUCUGCGUGUUUGAGAACGCUUCGCCAAAGAUCUGAUAGCGAAGUUGCUAACUGGUGCAGGUUCAAGCACAGCCAACAGAUGGAGCUGUGUUUAUCAACAAGGAUGAGGGGAGAACUGUGGUGCAAGUGACUUUCAAAAAAAGAAAGAAAGAAAAAGAAAAAAAAAGAAACUAUAUUCAUUUUAGGCUUUCUUCCAAAACAUUACAUAACUGCUUUGCUCUCUUGAGACAAAGUGGCAAACCAUGAGGAACCUUCAAUGCUUGCUCAUUACUCUGGAAUGCUGACAAAUUCUCAGUGAAUUCCUGGACAAGUUUGUCCUUCUAAGGGUUUGGGAGCUGCUCACAUUGCGACUUUCAUUCAGGACUUCACUGAGCAUCUGUCCAAGUUCUCUGUGCAUGAAUAUUAUAAUAUCCUCAAAACUCUAUGCUUUUAAACCCACAACUCUAUAUCCCCUUUACAAAUGUGUUGUAUGACCAAAGCUUUAACAUCGAUUAUUAGGUUUAAAUUCUUG